AUGUUCGACCAGCUGAAUGACUUUGUUAGCAAGCAAUACAUCCUUAUGCUGGAAGAGCGGCUCAGCAAGGUAGAGUAUUCGCUUAGAACGUCGCCUGGCGCUAAGCCCUCACAAGAACGGACAGCUAUCUCUCGGCCACCUGACGUGGAUUCCAGAGGCCACUUCGAUGACAAUGGGAAACAUUUGGCAAGCCUUUCAGGAGGCAUAUCGACUGGCCUACAAGUUGAACCUACUAUAAUCCUCGGGCAAUCUCCCUCUGUCAUGUCGACCCCAAGCACAAAACCCACUUCCCAAGCAGUUUUGGAAAACCUAGAGGCACCAACCGGCAUUUUGGAGUCCUUGGAUAUCACGAAUGACAUAGAGUUCUAUGCCUCAUACACCGAAGAGUCCCAGCGCCCCCCAGUGUCGCUCCCAAAACUGCCAGGAAGUCAAUCUGAUGUAGAUUUGUUUCGGUCUCAAUUGGACCCAAGCGGAUUCCGAAGACAGGUCUUCGCCUCUGUGGAAUCUCAAUUCCUCCUGCAACAUUUUAUUGCAAGCGCACUAGACGAUAUCAACGUCUUCUACCCGCUCUUUACUGUGGAAUCUCUCUCGGAACUGCUCCAGCAACAGUUCCUUGCCGGCCCAAGAAACUGCGACGAUAGCCCGUCGAGAUGGGCUACCACAAAUGGUCUUAUUGCCACGGCAAUACAGUGGAAAACAGAGCACGGUGCCCAUGGCCAAUUAACUCCGAUUGCAUGGGGUUAUUUUAAAAACGCAUUCGCCAUCUUCCCAGAGCUUCUUAUCAGAGGCAGCGAUAUCUCAACUUGUCAAGCACUACUUUCCAUGGCUAUGUUCAUGCAUGGAACUGCGGAUGCCCGGACUACUUCGAGUAUAACCGCGUCUCUCGCGAGAGCGCUACAGGCUGUAGGUCUACACACUACAAGGUGGUAUGAGAGACUAGAUCGUACAACAGCUGAGCAGCAUAUGAGAGUGUUUUGGAUUGCUUAUUGUAUUGACAGCGACCAAAUGAUGAAACAAGGAUUACCAUCCACAUUCGGCAAUGACGUAGACUUGAAUCUCCCUACCAUUGGCCUAUGCGACGGUCCCAGCGAUUACGCCCUCCCAGGCACGCAAGACAGGAUAAACGUUUUGCGAUGCAUGGCAGGACUUGCCAUGAUCCAGUCGCGCAUUUCCACAAAACUUUACUCUCAGCGGGCCUUCAAAAUGAACAACACGCUGCUCCAUAGGGCGGUAGCCGAGCUGAAUCACCAGCUUGACAUGUGGAAGAUGAGCCUGCCCCCGCAGAUUCGACCUGCUUAUGAUAGUUGCCCGAGUAGUUCACAUCUAGAAUUGCCAGUGCUUCUACUGACCAUUAUGUAUUACACUGCAGCUGGAAGAAUCAACAUGGCAACAAAUCGUCUCGGGCCCUCAAAUAACGACACGUUCAAUUUGCUUGCACAGGUCCCAAUCGCUGCAGCCCGGUCGACUCUCCGGCUUGUCCAGACAAUGUCACCGCCGCCAUUCAGCCUCUCCUGGUAA